AUGUACCUCAAAUAUGGACCGGAAGUCCACACAGACCGGCAUACCGCAGAAUUUAACGCCUUAAAAGUCGUGCAAGAUCGAAUUUCCAUUCCUGUUCCGUAUCCCAUCGAUCUCUUACUCUCACCCACUGAGUCCUUCCUCGUCACUUCCCGCAUCGAAGGCGAGUCAGUCGGCACCGCUAUAGACGAAUGCACUGACGAGGAAAUGCAUCGAAUCGCCCAAGAUUUACCUUCCUGCAUCGCAGAACUACAUACCAUCAAAAUGGACCGUGAAUCGAAGUACUCCAUUACCAACGCAGCUGGCGGUCCUUGUUUGGAUUAUCACAUCUCUACCGAAAUAGUAGGACCUUUUCACGACGAGAAAGAAUUUAGCGAGUCAUUACAGCUGGGGAUUCUUCCUGGUUUGAUACAUCGUACUGAUCAUGAGAUAAUUUUUGCGCACGCGGAUUUGAAUAUGAGGAAUAUUAUGGUUAAGGAUGGAAGCAUUUCCGGAAUUGUGGAUUGGGAAAAUGCGGGGUGGUAUCCUGAGUAUUGGGAGUUCACCAAGUGUCAUUUUGGGGUUAGGUUUCAUAAGAGAUGGUUGAAAUUGAUAGGAGCUGUGUUUGGGGAUAAGUAUCAAGAGGAGUUGGGGAUUAAGAGACAGUAUUGGGUAUAUCAAACCCUAUAG